AUGACACACAGCAUCGAUAUCAACCGCGACACACGCUACAAACUCAACAAUGGCACCGAGGUUCCCGUGAUCGGGUUCGGUGUGUACGACAUCCCGGUCGAGGAGACCGCGCAGCGGGUAUACACCGCGCUCCAGGAGGGAUACCGACACAUUGACACAGCGGUGGUGUACGAGAAUCAGAAGCAGGCCGCGCAGGGCGUGCACCGAUUUCUGGAGGAGACCGGGACGCCGCGCGAGGAGGUGUGGUUCACGACCAAGCUGUGGAACACGCAGCAGGGUCGCGACGCAACGCCGCGCGCGCUGGAGGAGAUCGCCGCGGACGUGAAGGAGUUCAUCGGGUACGUGGACCUGCUGCUGCUGCACUCGCCGCUCACGGACGCGCAGCGGCGCCUGGAGACGUGGGCCGUACUGGAGCGCGCGGUGCAGGAGCCUGCGUCGAGUGCGCUGGAGAUUCGCGCCAUCGGCGUGUCGAACUUCGGCGUGCGUCACCUGCAGGAGCUGCUGGAGGUGGCGACUGUGAAGCCUGUGGUGGACCAGCUGGAGCUACACCCCUGGCUACCACGCGCGGAGCUGCGUGCAUUCCUGCGCGAGAAUGGGAUCCUCGCGGAGGCCUACUCGCCACUGACGCAGGGCGUGCGCCUGCAGGACCCGGAGCUGCUCGCGUUGGAAGCCAAGUCCGGCCUGAGCAAGGGCGAGAUCCUGCUGAGAUGGUCCUUCCUGCAGGGCUUCGCCGUGCUGGUGAAGAGUAACAACCCGCAGCGCAUUCGCGACAACCUGGCCGUGCUACCAGCCAAGACCGACUCCUGGAAGGUCUCGCUGGACCAGGAGUUGUGGGACGCGCUGGACAAGCCCGACAGCCACGACGUGGCCACCUGGGGUCAGAAGGACCCCACAGAGUACACUGUCUAG